AUGACCGUUAUGGACGCACGCGGUCGAGAUGAUUCGGCCUGGCCUUCCGAUUUCGGCAUGAACCGGCCCCGAGUCUGUAUCACUAAGCGGGAUCGGGCGCCAUUGCCAAGCCACACUAAGACUUUGCCAAGCACGUUAGAGAUUGAUUUGUCGAUUUUCGACUAUGGGCUGAAGAAAGCACAAUGUUGGCCUGGUAAUAAUGGUGAUGCCCUGCCUGGUUAUGAAACACUUCGGGAGGAACUGGCAGCGCAGUUCCCCGGUGGUAUUGAUGCCUUCUGCGAGUGGCCGGAUACGCGCGUUGUAGUUCUCGAACCGGCCGCUUCUCCUGUCACUACUGAAGGGCGCACUGGAUCUCAUGGCGUCGAGGGAAUAGGAAUUGGUUUCGUGCCGCCACAUCUGGAUUCUAAGCUUUAUGAUGAAGCACGAGGUAUCUCAGAGGCAGAAGGUCGUGCUAUGUGCAGGCGGUUAGCUCGUGGGGAAGGUUUAGUGGUUGGAACUUCGACAGGUCUUAAUGUUGUCGCGGCCAUUGCUCUUGCCAAAGAACUGGGCCCGGGCAAGACGGUGGUUACCGUCGCCGUGGAUACGGGCCUGAAGUAUAUGAACGAAAAUCUCCUUGCGGAUGCUUGA